AUGGUGGUCUACAGCUUCUACAUAUUCGACCGGCAUACGGAAUGUAUCUACUCCCGACUCUGGGCCCGUCAACAGUCCGACCGCCCUAUCUCGACAUCGAGCACCAACUCCAACAACACCACCACAGCCCUCGCCCCCGACCAUGGACCAGCGCGGGCACGCCCUCCCCGUCUCUCGGCGCAGGAUGAUGCCAAACUCAUCUUCGGCACGAUCUUCUCGCUGCGCAACAUGGUGCGCAAGUUAGGGGGCCAGGACGACAGCUUCAUCUCGUAUCGGACGGGCCAGUAUAAGCUGCAUUACUACGAGACGCCAACGAGCAUCAAGUUUGUGAUGUUGACAGAUACACAGACGUUGAAUAUGCGGAAUGUGCUGCACCAAAUUUACGUCAAUCUUUAUGUGGAGUUUGUGGUUAAGAACCCGUUAAGUCCAGUUGAGCAUCCUGGGGGUGUGGGAGUUGCGAACGAGUUGUUCGAGCUGGCUCUGGACCAGUUCGUAAAGGGGGUGCUCUAA